CAUACUGUUGUGUGAGAGACCCUUAUUGGCGACUUUGUGUAACUUUAUCUUGCCUACCUAGCUGUUGCCUAUAGUUUCCCAUUAAAGGGGGACUAUGUAGGAGCAGGGGGUCAAAUUGGCCAACUUUAGCUGACUUAUAAACAGAGUAAGGGCAUUAGGUCUUAUUUGAUUCAUCACUGAAUGUAUCCCUGUUACAGGCGUGACUAGGUUAGGACAAAUUGUGAGUGGUGAGAGACUCACUGGCUACUUUGUGUAACUUUAUGUUGCCUACCAAGAUGCUGCCUAUAGUGCCCCUUUAAUGGACAUGUCUCGAAUCUUAUGCAUUCUUUAGGGAAGGUGAAUCACUAGGCUUCCCAAGCCAACAAGCUUGGGAAUUCUUCUUCUUAUCUUCAAUAUUGUGAUCAUUAUUAUACAUUAUUACGAUACAUUGUAUAUAAUCCUUACAGGCACCAACGCAGUAUACCAACAUGCCAUCUAUAAUUGUUUAUAAACGAAAAUGACUACACUAACAAAAGAGCAAGAUGAAGAUGGUGAAGAUGUGGAAAGCAACAUAAUUGAGGCCAAUGAACAUUGGGCUCUCGAAGAUAGAACCUCACAGCAGGCUGAGCCAUUAUCGGUCAAUGGAGAUGGACACAUUGAUAAACUAGCUCGGCGCCCUGUUCCGAAGAAGGAGGACACCAGUACUGGUCCGAGACCUUCUGAUGUGCCCCCAACAGAGAACAGGGAGGAUGAUCAGCAUGACCAUAGUCCAUGGGAGAAGAACUCACAGGAUUCCGAAUCGGAUUGGGGUCACAGCAUCACUCGUGAGCCUAGCACCAAUAACAAUCUCAUUUCCGAAACCAAGGAAGCCCCAAAUGAUCAUGACCUUGUAAAUCAACAUAAAGAUUCACAAGAUGGAAGCACACCUCAGAUCAGUGAAGCAGGUCGACAUCAACAACAGAAAUCAGUUGACUUGCCCGAAGAGUCUGAUGGGGACAACAUGUUACUCUCCAUUCAGGUCAAAGAUGAGGAGAUAUUAUCAUCUAAAUCUUCGGCUUCUGUGGACAGAAUGCCACAGGAAGGAAAUGGCCAGUGUCCGGAGAAGCGCACUAGGGGCUUGAAAAAGAAACGAAGCCAAACAAAACCAUCGUGGGUCAAAAGUAAAUCUCGUAAUGCGGAUCACGUAAAAACAGAAAUGAUAAGGAGAAAAGAUGUAGAGAAAAAUCCUUUUUUUCUAGCACUCAAAAUUGGGGCAUUCAAAAACGCAUUCGAUGUCAUCAUCGGCACUGAUGGCUCUUAUAAAGAAGGAGUCAUUGCCUGGGGAGGCGGAAUGUGGAGGUACAAAAAAUGGCCCCUCAAAUGGUCAGGAGCCUGUUAUGGUGACACCUCUGCAGAAGCAGAGAUAAGAGGUUUUGAAGAAGCCCUCUAAUGUGCGGGGCUCAAUUCAAAACCAAACGAAUUGAUCCUGAUCAUCACAGACGUCCUCCCUCUGGUUGAGAAAAUGAGAAAGGGGUACAUCGUGGAAGAGUGGGAGGAGUGGAUAAGUAAAUUGGUUGAGAGACUCACUGUUGCUUUUAUGCCGGCACACUGUGGGAUUAUUUACAAUGAAGAAGCGGAUCGGCUAGCAGGAGAAGCCAGAAAGGAAUUUGAAAAGAACAUAUCUUUCGAGCCCUUCAUUCCACCGCCCCUCCUUACAUCUCGAAGUUGGUUUCCUUCCGCAGGCCUGUCAGAGCACACCGCUCUGCGGGGGAGUAUAAACUCAAGGUCCCCCGCCAUUGAACGGUCUGUGGAGGGAGAUUUUUUGGGGCUUCGGCCCCAAGGCUGUGGAAUGAACUUCCUCUGUCCAUCCGAUCGACAGCUGACCUGGGCAUCUUCAAGAAGGCAUUGAAAACCUAUAUUUUUAAAUUAGCCUAUUUUUAAAUCCAUUUUUAAAUUAGCUUAUUUUUAAAUCCGUUUUUAAUCAUGUGUGUUCCGAUCCGUUCCAAAUACGGGCGACUCAUUCAGAAGCCGCGACGAUUCGUCCAUGAUCAAUACACCGCAUGGCGGUAUGUCCGAAACUAAGUACGCAUGCGCACUUGCUAUGAGUAUUAUGACGUCAUCUACGGAUAUUAUAUGUGACGUCAUCCGUGACGCGAAGUUUGUGUUUAUUGUUGGCCGCGGAUUGCGCGUUUCUUUAUUGUUUAGACGUUACGACGUUUUGACGUCGCAACAAGAAAACACUUGAACAACAUGGCGAAUCUUUAACGCAAGAACAUCCUGCGCCGCCUAACCGCAUUAUACCGCAUUUUCCGCUUAAUUAUAAAGCUAGCACGCGAGGCCUUUACGUGAGUAAUGUGUAAUGUGUAAUGUUUAAUGUGUAUAUAAUGUCAAUUAAAUGAUUUGUGAAUUGUAUUCUUUUUUUACUAUAUCCGCCACGUAUAGUUGUUUUUUUGUCCUCCGCCGGCUACGGGCUGCGACAAUGUGGUCCUAAAUUGUUUUAUUGUUUUAUUGCUCUAUUUAGUACUUUGAGCACAUUGUUUCUUAGAUUGUAAGGUGCCUUUGAGCAAUUUGUUGAUAAAGCAUUAAAGGCACCUAAAAAUAUGUUUUGAUAAUAAUAAUAAUAAUAAUAAUAACCUAAAGGAUUAUUCUUACCAAUCUGUAAACAUGGACUCCGAUUAUGAUCUUGAUGAUCUUCUGAGGGGUACCAUGCAAGCCAUGGGAUUGGGAAUUGAUUGUGAGGCACAGAAGUGGGAAAAAGAUCUGGACAAGAAAUGCUGCACACUAAAAGUAAAAGUUCUGGUAGACGGCAGUUUAAAAUUUCAUUUCAUUAGAAGACGUAGCAUAGCGCAAACCAGAAUCUCUGUUAAAUUUUAUAUAAAACCUGGUUGAUCUCUGGAUUCUGUAUCUCUUUGAAAA